GUGAGGCAGUGGUAACUUCAAGUGGAUUUUUCUUCAAAAUGGCCACAGUGGAAGUCCAUAGGUGCUGUCAAGCCAUGUUUUGGGGUUACGUUAUUUUGAACAUAAUUCUUCUCUCGUUAUCAGAGAUUGGAGCUCUUAAAGUACAACCAUUGGGGCCCUUUAUUCGCUACCAUGAGACAUUAAAUUAUGACCUUGGUGAAGUGCAUCAACAACACACAAGAGCGGCGAGGUCGCUAGGAAGGCCGACUGUAUCACUCUCAUUUACAGCACACCAAAGAGAUUUUAAGGUGAGGUUAACGCGGGACACCAGUGUCUUCUUGCCUGACUUUACACUUGUUACAUCAGAUGGGGAGGAACAGUCACCCGAUGUCAGCUACUUUUACAGCGGAGACUUAGAAGAUGAACCAGGAAGCUAUUGCCACGGUUCCAUCACGGACGGCCUCUUCCAGGGGAAGAUCCACGUUGGAGACGACGUCUUCUCCGUGGAGCCUUCCACCAACUACAUCGACGAGCCCGAAACACACUCCGUCAUCUACAAGGCCAAGGAUCUGGACUACUCCUCCUUAGAGUCCGGCGGAAGCGGCUGCGGAAUGAUCGGAGAAAUCCAGAAGAGGAUGGAAGAGAAGAUGAAGAAGUUGAAAGACGAGGAGGAUAAGUUGAAAGGAAAGAGCCAAGGAGAGAGUGAUAAAUCAUCGCACUCUUCUCGUCACAAGAGGGCAGCACCAUCAGCGCAGACUUGCACUCUGUAUAUCCAGACAGACAUUCAAUUUUAUGAAAGGUUUGGCCGAAGUCGUUCAGCUGUGAUCAAGCAGAUUGGCGAGCAUGUCCAGGCAGCCAGCAACAUCUACUCUAGAGUAGCAUUUGGUGAAUACCAGAAUAUCAACUUUGCUGUGAAAAAAAUAAGGGUCUUCACCGAUGAGGAUACAAACAGCGUUGAUUACCUGUUCAAAGAUGAUUUUAUUGGAGUGGAGAAAUACUUGGAUCUUGCCUCCGUCGGGAACCUGGAAGAGUACUGCCUGGCCUACACAUUCACAAACAGGGACUUUGCUAACGGUGUCUUGGGCCUUGCAUGGAUUGCAACUGAAUUUACUGGCAGUACAGGAGGUCUCUGCUCUCCCAAAUUGACCAGUCGAGAUUCAACGCUCAAUACAGGCAUUGUUACAGUCAACAACUACGGGUCGUUUGUACCACCACUGAUGUCCCACAACACCUUUGCCCAUGAGAUUGGUCAUAACUUCGGCUCAAAUCAUGACCCAGCGAACAACAACGUCUGCUCACCGGGCGGCAGCUCUGGUAACUAUCUCAUGUUUCCUCACGCCUCCUCCGGUGGCCUCCUAAAUAAUGCUUACUUCUCAAGCUGCAGCAUCAACGAGAUCACUGGGGUGCUGCAGACUGUCUUCGCUGGGACCAGCAAGAACAAUUGCUUCGUCGAACGCUCUUCGGUCACAUUCUGCGGCAAUCAGAUACUGGAGGAGGGUGAGAUGUGCGAUUGUGGCUACGAUGACACAUGCCCCGAGUCGAACUGCUGCAUUCCGCAGAAUGCCGAUAAUACGAACCCUAAUGCGUGCACCUUGAAACCCACCAGUGUAUGCAGUGAACAGCAAGGCGACUGCUGUAAUCCAGAUACUUGCAACUUCUACCCAUCUGGCUUCAUAUGCAACCAGGAAACCGAUUGCAGUCAGAAUGCUAUGUGCAAUGGGAAUAGUUUUGUCUGCAGUGCCCAGGCACCCAAAGCUGACAAUACUCCCUGUGAUGGAGAUAGGAAAGUCUGCAGCAGUGGGGCGUGUACCAAAUCAAUCUGUGAUGUCAACACCCUUGAAGAAUGCCACUGUACACAGACAACUGAAUUGUGUGAAAUUUGCUGCCAAAACAGAGGCCAGCCAGAGUCUUGCGUUUCAGCCUCCCAGAUCAACAUCCGAAGCAGAUCCGGUGAAAUUCUGUUCAGGGAUGUCGGAUCAACGUGUGACAACUUCAUGGGUUACUGCGACGCUUUCAACACCUGCCGCCUGGCCGAUGAGGACGGCCCAAUCGCUAGCAUCAUUAGGAAGAUCUUCUUCGGCACCGAAGCUCAGUUGACUGACGUCAUUUGGACUUGGAUUACGAAUAACUGGUGGGUGAUUGUCAUCAUUGUCGUGGCCAUCAUCAUCCUGAUGGUCCUCAUCAUCUUCUUCUGCGAGCGCGUCAUCCCCACCACCAACCCCUGGCACAAGGAGAAGGCGGAGCUGUCACGACGAGCCAGCGCCACCGUUAAGCUACAGAAGAAACGCAACCGCGGCAGCGCGUACUACGGCCCCGCAGACGCGCCAAAUUUUCAGCAGCACCCGGAUAAUGCUGAAAGUAGAGCCACAAGAUUCUAAAGAUUCCUUUUUUUCCCCAUCUAACAUUUUAAUAUUUUUACCGAAAUUCUUCCCCCACCCUUACGUCCUUCUAAGUCAUUCCGGCUGAUUUUCAAAAAAUCUCUAAAGAUUUAAUGAAACAGUCAAUCGAGGGCCUCGUCUUACUAGGCAAUUUUUACAGGCAACUUGGUGGCAUCCAACUGCACUGCGUACAAAAUUUAUACUUGGGUAUCACACAAGACGCAUUUCCAACCUUACCUUAAGAAAAUUAUAUUACAAAUUGGUAUACAAAUGUUUUUCUUUUCCUUCUUUAGAAAUUGCCUGGAACUGGAUGCUGUUACAGGCCUUGACUUUCACUCUUAAAGGGGGCCCCUUCAAUUUUGCUAAUGUAAGGGGCACCUGUACGAUGAAACUGAAUUUGUAUUGUAACCUUGCAGAGGGUUCCACAGCAAAAGCACCACGGCAGUUGCUUCGGGUGAUGCGGUUUCUUUUGAGACCUGCUAUUAUGACAUGGCACUCAUCUGUUGUAUCGUAAGCUUUCUCCAUGAUGUUCCCCACCCGUAAAUUCCUCAGAAUUCCAAAUUCUCUUCCCCAUAGUCAUUUCCUUCCACAAUGUUAUUUUAAAAAUCGCUCAAUAUUACUGAAAUCCGUUUGUUCCUUUUUACUCAAAGAUCCUCUUCUUAUACCACCACUCAGUUUGUACAGUCUUUUUUGAUUACGAAGUUGUUUUUGCUUUGUAAUCAGUGAUUUAUUUAGUAGGAUUUUAAACUUUGCAUGGUGGAAAUAUGAUGCAGUAAAAGUUAGCGUUAACACCAUGUAAUGAUAAUCUCUAAAUGAGCUGGGGUGGUUCUGAAAAUAAACCAUUGGUUUCAACUCGACAAUUCACAUUUAUUUUCUAACUUCUGAGAAAUUUCAAGCUCUACUCAAAAAGAGGCCAGCUUAAAAGCUGAUGGUCAUUGUUAGCUUUUACUUUAAAUUGAAAUUCACUUCUACACAGUCUUUCACUCUAUAAGCACAUUCCAAUUAAAAGACAACUUCUUAAAAUUUUUAAAUUGGUAAAUCUUUGAACAUGAAUGUAUAUAAUUGCAAAGUAAAAUGUUGCUUUUUUAACAAAUUCUUUAUACAUAUUUUCAUAUGACCGCGUACAAUAAGUAGGAGAUACAAUAGAGGGGGUGGUUGUUGUAGAUUUAUAUUGUAUAUUUGUGACAAUUUUGUUUAGUGUUUUGCUCCUUUCUGGCUUUGGUCCGUUGUACACACACACUGUACGGACAUAACAUGCCACUUCUGUCUGCCCAAAUGGUAUGUCUUUUGUUGCAGUCAAAUUUCAUGGUUGAGUUUUUAAACCCAGGCAAGUCUUCUAAAAAGUAGACUGCACAGUGUAAUAUAUAGGAAACUGACUCCCAUAAAAACAGAACCAAGAUUUAUUUGUAGUGGUGAUGUCAAUCAGGCUGAUCUAUUAAAAUAAAAAUUUAUACAAAUAACUUGGCUUGUUAGAAAGGUUAGCGGUGUAUAAAUAGUGGUUUUAAUUAUUUAUCAAAUUCUAUAGUAUGUACUCUACUCUGAUUAUUUUAUGUAUUCUGAUGAUGUAGUUUUUUUUCCCCUCCAGACAGAUGAUGGGUGGUGAGAUGAUUUUAGCUUGAUUUGCUGUUGUAAAAUUAGGUAAAACGCAACCUCAAAACAUUCCCCUUUUUUUCAUGAACAAAUUCAGUCGGUUGUUUGUUGUGGACGCUGAGAAAAUUGUAUUCCUACAUCGAAGUCCGUUAAUCAUGAUCAUUCCAGGAAUUUGUUUAUAUUUUUAUAUCAAGCAUGGUGAGGGUAGUGAUAACUUUGGACUUCACAGCAUUUUGUAAUUAUCGGAAACCUAAUAAUUGUAUUGAAUUGUAUAAAAAAUUAUUUAAAAAACAGAAUUAACCCCGUAACCUGGGGAAGUGUUACAACAAUAACAAAACUUAAACUUAUAAUGCAACAAAGAAAAAUAGUAACGGUUUUGUGCAUGCACUGGUAGAAAAAAUGUGAAAUAUUCUUAGUCCUGGGAGCUAUACUACAAGCAAGCUACAUGUAAAUUGACUAAAUGCAACCUGUCUGAAUAACGAAAGUAACAAUGAAGAAUCUCGUCUCCACAGCUGGUAGUCUGUGGAACUAUAUUUUUGUUAAGGUUGUUGGGUUUUGUAGCACAAUAAUAACGCGUCUCGGGUUUACUUAGCAAAGUCACUUUUCCCUGCUUUUCACAUCUGUUGACCCCAGUUCCAGUCCCCCUUCAUACUAAGAGCCUUGUAUGUGGAUUGGGUUUUCAGUCCCUACCUGAUUGCAAGGGUUUCCCCAUUGGGGUUUUCCCUCCCACAUCCAA